GUUCGGCCCUCCAUAGGUUUGCCCAAGAUGGCAGCUUUGGAAGAAGAGUUCACGUUGUCUGGUGUACCCCUGAGCGCCGGGCCUGACGGACUCCUAGGCGUGGAACCUAGCGACAGAACAGACCAGUUUCUGGUGACACACAGUGGCAGGACUGUCAUCCUCUAUAAGGUAUCUGAUCAGAAACCCUUGGGGAGCUGGUCAGUGAAGCAAGGUCAAAUUAUAACAUGUCCAGCUGUGUGCAACUUUCAAACUGGAGAGUAUAUUGUUGUCCAUGAUGACAGGGUUUUGAGAAUAUGGAAUAAUGAAGAUGUAAACUUGGAUAAAGUAUUUAAAGCUACAUUGUCAGCUGAGGUAUGUAGGAUACAUUCAGUACAAGGGACAGAACCACUAGUGCUAUUCAAGAAGGGUGCCAUUCGUGGUUUGGAGGCCUUGCUUGCAGAACCCCAGCAGAAGAUUGAAACCGUGAUCUCUGAUGAAGAAAUUAUUAAGUGGACAAAGAUUUUCAUGGUAUUUAAGCAUCCUGUUUUAAUUUUUAUUACUGAGAAACAUGGAAAUUAUUUUGCUUACGUGCAGAUGUUUAACUCACGUAUCUUAAGCAAAUACACACUCUUACCUGGACAAGAAGAAAAAUCUGCCAUACAGAGUUUUGCAGCAUCUGCGAAUCGGAAGUUCAUCUCGUUGAUGUCAUUAAGCUCUGAUGGAUGCAUAUAUGAAACCCUGAUACCAACACAUCCAAGUGAUCGAGAAAAAAAUCAGGUGGUAGUUAGGUCACUGUUGCUCAAGGCAGUUGUGUCUGGUGAUGUUCGAAAUGGUGUUGCACUCAGCGUCCUGGAUCAAGAUCACAUAGCGGUCCUGGGAACUCCACUGUCAGCUUCUAAGGAAUGCCUCUCCAUUUGGAACAUCAAAUUUCAAACACUGCAGGCUUCAAAAGAUUUACUUCAAGGGACCAGUGGUCAGCUCUGGUAUUAUGGGGAAAAUCUGUUUAUGCUACAUGGAAAAUUUCUGACCGUGAUUCCAUACAAGUGUGAAGUGUCAUCGUUAGCAGGUGCACUUGGAAAACUCAAGCAUAGUUAUGAACCAGGCAGUCAUGCUGUGCCCCAUUUUGUGAACUGGGAAACAUCUCAGGAAUAUGGACUUGGAUCACAGAACUCAGAGCAGUCAAGAAUUUUAAGGACGAGAAAAGUUGAAGUGAGUUUACAGCCAGCUGUUUCAGCAUCUGCACAACUUUUAUUAACCAUAAAGAAUGAUACAGAAAAACACAUUGAAGUAGAACUCCGUAAAUUUUUGGCUAUUAAACAGACACCUGAGUUUCAUACUACUAUUGGGGACAUAGUAACAGGACUCCUGGGAAGGUGUAAAGCAGAACCAUCAUUUUAUCCCCGGAACUGUCUGAUGCAGCUUAUCCAAACACACGUGCUUUCCUACAGCUUAUGCCCUGGCUUAAUGGAAGUUGCCUUAGAAAAGACAGACGUGCAGAUUUUACAGCUCUGUCUCCAGCAGUUCCCUGACAUUCCUGAGUCGGUCACCUGCGCUUGCUUAAAAAUUUUCUUAAGCAUUGAUGAUGACAGUCUUCAAGAAACAGAUAUCAGUACGGAAUCGGUUUUUGACUAUAGUGAUACUGUACGAGAUGAGAAAAUGGAAGAGCAAACUGAAAUUAUGGAAAAUGGUUUCAAUCCUGAAGAAGAUAACAGCAAUAAAGAAAAGCCUCAGGGUACAACAGAGGAGACCACUUUGAGCCCUGUAACACCCAAAAGAGCAGCUCUGCUUAGAAACGCAGUUCUUCAUUCAGCAUAUAGUGAAGCAUUCCUUUUGCCUCACUUGAAAAACAUUCCUGCACAACAUGUCACACUAUUUCUCCAGUAUUUGUAUUUUCUUUAUCUGAAGUGUAGUGAAAAUGCUACUAUGACUCUUCCUGGAAUACAGCCUCCAACCCUGAACCAGCAUUUCCUUAGUUGCAUUGGGAGAAGACAGGGAGAGGCUGAUAAUAGGCGCUCUCCCUCUAAUAUACCACUUAAGAAUAAGAGAAUGAAAAUUAAUGAGAUUAUGGAUUGGAUAUGCCUACUUCUAGAUGCUAAUUUUACUGUUGUGGUAAUGAUACCAGAAGCAAAAAGGCUACUGAUAAAUCUUUACAAGUUUGUGAAAGCCCAGAUAAGCGUUUAUUCUGAGCUCAACAAGAUUGAAGUAAGUUUUCGGGAGCUACAGAAAUUAAAUCAAGAAAAGAAUAAUACAGAAUUGUAUUCAAUCGAAGUGCUGGAACUCUUCUGACAUUAUCAGUUUUCCUUCAUAGACGUUUUACAAAGCCCUUUUAUGUGAACUCUUCCUACUUAUCCAGGCAAGAGAGGUGUUUUGUUUGUGGCCGGCUCUCAAUAUCAAAAACAUGUCAGCAACUACCUGGGACUAUUGCUUGUUGAUGCUGGCUAGGUGUAGGGUCGCUAUGAGUCAGAAUCAACUUGACGGCAAUGGGAGGUAGGACUGCAGGUUUCACAAGAACCUAUUCUAGUUUGUGGAUGUUGAUGGAAGAGGUUCUCGAACUUUUUUUACACAUGUAACUAAGCCGAUUUUAAGUAAAUUUAUUUGUGUAUUGAUAAAAGUCUAAUUUCUUAUCAUACGUUUUGAGUAAUUCUUUUAAUAAAAAAAAAUCACCACUGAAGCAGUGCUUCUAGGAAGAAAGUAGUUUUAUCAAAGUCAGAGGCUGCCCUGGCUCAUCGGUGCUCAUGGCAGAAGAGGUCAAAUCCACAAGCAGGGCAGGGAGGGGGCCUCAUGCAGGGGAGAGCUGUCUCCUGCCAUUUUCCUUUAUUGUUAUACCUGUUUCCACUCACCUGCUUACCUACCCAAAGAUUGAAAAGUUUCUCUUUCUAUAUACUGUCUCUCAGAUUACCUCCAUGAUUAAUUGAUAGCAGUCAAUUUAAGAUAUGAAAGUAUGCAGUGAAAUCUGUAAGAUCCAGACUUGAUAGGACUGCCUUGUUUUUCCGAGUCUCGCAAGUUUUCCGCCUUUGAGAGGGUACAGUCUUACCACUUUUCUAUCAGUUGUGUUAGUGGAGAAUAUUUGAGUUUUCCUUCUCUGACAGGUUUCUGCCUUGCACAGGUUCUGGCUUUUGCAAGUUUUAGUGUAUUACCAAAUAGUUAAAAAAGAAAAAAAAAGCGCUUCUGAAAAUAGUUUUAUAGGUUGAUUAACCAUACUUUCCAGUUUUAACUGUUUGAAUUUAGGACAAAUGGAAAUGUUUUAUGUAGAAGAAAUGGAUGUUUUUGUUUCUUGAAGAUAAACGCAGAUUAUUUUUGUUAAAUUUGAAAUCACUUUCAGAUGAUAAUGAAGUUGUAAAUUAUAUUUAAGAAUUAAGUUUCCCCAAAGUGACCUGAAACCCUUCUGAGCUAUGAAUGAAAGUCUCUGUUGAGUAAAUGAUUUUGAAACCUGUUUUAAUGUGAAGAGUUACAAUACGUUUUUAAAAAACAAAAGUCCUCUGAAUUCUAGUGCAUAAAUAUAAGUUCAAGGGUGAUUCUAGAGGCCAGCUUUACAGAAUCGUUUAAUUUCACUUGGCGUUAGAAAAGUGAAGGCAUUAUUUCAGGUCACUCUGUGGAAACUUGAGUCACAACUAUGGCAGCUCACACACAGGUUCUCCUCAGUCAUUCUUACUAUUUUUAGACCUGAAAGAAAAGAAAUACCAAAGAUAAGAGUAUAUAUUGUCAUGCUUUAUACAGUGGGACCUUUUGCUCAACCAUUUUUAACGAAAGCGAUACAGUUCUUCUCAGCAGCAGUGAAAAAUGUAGGUCUCCACAGUAUAUCCCCUUUUUAUCUUUUUUGCUGAACCAUUUAAGAGUUACUUGCAGACAUCAGACAUUAUAAAAUUGUGAAUUUCUAAACUUUUUAUGAGCUUCAGGGUAAGAGAUCCUUUAUGAUUUACAGAUCCAUUUUAUGAGCAUUAAGAUAAUUUGGGAUUUUCACACUUCUAGAUUAUAAACUAUUGAUGAUUUUAUUUAUAAGAAGUCAUAAUUAA